AUGGAGGAGUCUGGAGCUGUUACAGUAAACAUCGAUGCGAAUACUCGGAAUAAUCAAACCUCUGUUCAUCCGUCGAGCCACCUCAACAAAGUUUUGAUCAAUCUCUUCCACAAAUAUCAGAUAUUCGCGACAGAUGAAUCCUACAGAACCGUAAAUUUUACUGGAUGUUACUGUCUUCCCGUCUCUCAAAUCCGUUUGAAUCUCCAUAGCUACGAGUUCAGUCCGAACCAUCUGUUUAAUCUCAUCGACUCUCGUCUCCAUGAUCCUCCCUUGUCCGGUCAUAUCGCUGAGACAAUAGCUAAUCAAGCGGUUCAAAAGGUUUGGUUUCCAGAGCCUCACACCAUGGUUAACAUCGUUUUGACCGAACAGGUGUUCGAGACAGUUUCAGUUUCUCGUCUUCCCGAAGAAGAGACCCAAAAGAAAGAAGAAUCCACAUGUGCGAUCUGUUUGGACGACGACCACAACAACAAUGAAACAACGGAUACGCUGCUACCUUGUCCGCAUCGAUUUCAUAUGAGUUGUAUCGCCGAGUGGUUAGUGAGGCGUAAAUCUUGCCCUCUCUGCCGUGAAAUUGUGGUCGAGGAGUCAUGA